AGGAUCGCAGUAACUCAUGCGGUAAAAUAAAGAUGGCGGAAAUAUCUGUCAGCAUGAAGGCGUAUGCCAAACUUUUGCUUCAUGCAGCAAAAUAUCCUCAUUGUGCCGUAAAUGGACUUCUUUUAGCUGAAGAUACAAAAACGAGCAAAGAGAAAAAGUCAAUAAGAUUUGUAGACUGUAUCCCACUUUUUCAUCUUUCUCUUAGUUUGGCUCCCAUGCUGGAAGCUGCCCUUUUACAGAUAGACUCAUAUUGUAAAAGUAAAGGCUACGUGAUUGGAGGAUAUUAUCAGGCUAAUGAACAUCUUUCAGAUAACUCGGUUAACAAUGUAGCAAGACAUAUUGGUAAGAAAAUACACGAAUAUUAUCCUGAUGCUUGUAUAUUUAUGAUUGACAAUAAUCGUGUUAGUCCGGAAAGUCCUUCAGAAGUUUAUAGAGUUCAUACAAUGAAGGAAACAGGCUGGAAAGAAGCGGACAAAAGACAAACAGUAGAUGAAGAUACUUUACAAACAGCGUCAGUUUUGUUAGAGCAGGAACAAUACAGACAUUUAGUGGACUUUGAUAAUCAUCUAGAUGACGUGGCGAAUGAUUGGAGGAAUACUAAACUCAAUGAUAUUAUAGAGAGAUGUCUAUAGUGCUAAUGUGUAGUGUGUUCAAACGAGGCAUUCAUAUGUAUAUAAAGUUGGAAAUGACAGCGGUCGAGCAUUGAAAUAUGAAUUGAGAAUCAACAUUUCGACAGCCAUUUUGGACUCUGUCGACAGGGUCCAAUUUUUGUUUGCAGAUAUAGAACAAAUUGAUUGAAGGUUGUAGUGAAACAUUGGAACACUAUGUGAGAUGUGUUAUGUUACACAGUAGGUCAAUGAAGAGACGUAAUCCAGCCGUGUUCUACGGAUCAUUAAGAAAAAAGUGCUUAACAGUUUAUUAAGUGUGGAGAAAUUGAAUGGUUUUGUCAAAUAGAUUUUACAUGCUGCCUUUUGAUUGGCUUAUUUCAUUUGUCAGAGAAUUUGUAAAUGCUGUCGUUUCAUUGGACUAUUUAAAAAACGAGGCUUCAGGAAAAACAAACAAUCGUAUUAUAGUGAUUGCAGAAUUGUCUUUGUUCUUUAUUAUCAGCUGUAAAAUUCAUAUAAUAUUAUGUAUGUUUAAUUAAAAAAAAAUAACAGUUUAGCACACUUUAAUAACUCUUGUAUUAGCACAAAAAAAUGGUUCACGAAAAAACUGCCAUUAUUUUAAGCCAUUCACAAACUACUCUUGUGAGUGAUAAGUAACUUUCUAAUGUACAUUUAGAGUUUAUUUAACAUUGCCAGUAAGCUGGGAAAUUGUUUGCAUUGUCAAAAUUCCAUAGAAAAAUGCUCAGUAAAUGUAUUGUUAAAAAAGGUUUUGAUUUCCUAUUUUUUUUUCUUUUUUUAGAGAAUUUUGAUAACAGUAAAUGAUUGUUUUGCAUGCUGUUUUUUGUGAAAGGGUGAAAUGAUGUUAAAACUGUUUUUCUGAAUCAAAAUGUAGUGUUUUUUCCUCCAAUUUACUUUAGUUCAUUAUGUAAAAGAAAUGAUAUGCCAGGCAUAAGUUUUUUGCUUUCUUUGUUUUGUGUGUAAUGUAGUGCAAUACUUAAGUUAAUGUAAUUCAGAAUUUGUGGUUUUAUUCUUGAAUCCAAUGUCAGUCCAUGAAAGAUACAUGUACUUUUGUAUUAUUUUUAUUGAUUUUUCACAAAGAAUUAAUAUUAGUAUUAUAAGGAAAGAUAGUUGAAUAAAAAAUUACAUCAUGACUGGAUAAAACAUUCUAUCAAUUGUAAAUUUACAAAAUUUCUGCGGUAUUCAGUUAAUUUUAACAGAAAAUUAUUCAUGUUGCCUCAAUUUCAAUGUUAAUUUAUGUAAUUGUAACUACUAACAGACUUUCAAUUACUAUUCCUUUAAGGGCACACAAAGCCUCAGAAAUGACUUCAGUUUUCCUUCUCAGGACAAAAACUGUUUAAUGUUAUUAUAAAAAAAUUAUAAAUAAUUAAGUUAGAGAAUGUUAGAUGUUUAUCAUGUACAGAAUGUAGAAUGUAAAAUAACUUGUCAUAUUAUUGUAAGUAGCCAAAUGUUGGCAAAAUAGUAUUUUAUCUACCAUUAUAAAUGCUUCAUGUAGGUUACUAGAUAAUAAUAUGUAUAAUAUAUGGCCAGAAUGUAUAAGAACCAAACAAUAGUUUGUCAGUUAUGGUCAAUUCAGAGAAAAAUAUUUUUCAAGUUUUUACUAAAUACAUGCAUGAAGAUAUAACUGACCCCCAGGUUGGGGCCAAUUUUGACACUAUGGGCAAAAUUUGAACCACUUUGGUAGAGGACCUACAGAUUAUAAACCAAAUAUCAAAGCUCUGGACCUUGUACUUUCAGACAAGAAGAUUUUUUAGUUGUUUUUUUAGCUCACCUGUCACAAAGUGACAGGGUGAGCUUUUGUGAUCGCUUUUCGUCUGGCGUCCGUCCGUCGUCUGUCAAUCCGUAAACUUUUACUGUAAGUGACAUCUCCUCAUAAACCACUAAGUCAAUUUCAUCCAAACUUCACAGGAAUGUUCCUUUGGUGGUCACCUUUAAUAAUUGUUCAAAGAAUUUAAUUCCAUGCAGAACUCUGGUUGCCAUGGCAACCGAAUGAAAAAACUUUAAAUAUCUUCUUUUAAAAAACCCUAAAAGCUAAAGCUUAGAUAUUUGGCAUGAAACAUCUUCUAGUGAAUGUCUACCAAGUUUGUUCAAAUAAAAGCCCUGGGGUCAAAAUUGGCCCCGCCCCAGGGGGUCAUUGAUUUUCCCUAUAUGCAUAUAGUAAAAACUUAAAAAAUCUUCUUUAAAAGAACCCAAAGAGCUAGAGCUUAGAUAUUUAGCAUGAAACAUCUUCUAAUGAGUGUCUACCAAGUUUGUUCAAAUAAAAGCCCUGGGGUCAAAAUUGGCCCCGCCCCAGGGGGUCAUUGAUUUUCCCUAUAUGCAUAAAGUAAAAACUUAAAAAAUCUUAUAAAAAGAACUCAAAGAGCUACAGCUAAGAUAUUUAGCAUGAAACAUGUUCUAAUGGGUGUCUACCAAGUUUGUUCAAAUGAAAGCCCUGGGGUCAAAAUUGGCCCUGCCCUGGGGGUCAUUGAUUUUCCUUAUUUGUGUAUAGCAAAAACUUAAAAAUCUUCUUUGAAAAAACCAAAUAGUUAGAGUUUAGAUAUUAAGCAUGAAACAUCUUCUAGUAAGUGUCUACAAAGUUUGUUCAUAUAAAAGCCCUGGGGUCAAAACAGGCCCCGCUCCAGGGGUGUCAUUGUUUUUAACUAAUUAUAUGUAUAGUAAAAACUUAAAAAAAUCUUCUUUUAAAAAACCCAAUGAGCUAGAGCUUAGAUGUUUAGCAAGAAACAUCUUCUAAUGGGUGUCUACCAAGUUUGUUCAAGUAAAAGCCCUUGGGUUAAAAUUAGCCCUGAUGGGUGGGGGAAUAUCAUUGUUUUUCAUUAUAUGUGUGAAAUAAAAACUUAACAUCAUGAAACAUCAUCUAAUUGGUGUCUUCCAAGUUUGUUCAAAUAAAAGCCCUGGAUUUAAAGUGGCCCAGGUCCUGUGGCCUAUAUGCAGGUGAGCGACCUCAGGGCCAUCAUGGCCCUCUUGUUUAAAUAAUGCUUUUGUUUAUUUAAAGAAUAAAUGUAAUGUGUUCAAAUUUUAAUAUAUAUACCUUUUGUGCAUGUGUUUUUCUUUGGUGUUUUAUCUCUUUUGAGCAUAAGGUUCUGUUUAUGAGUUACAAUGAUUGUUUGGUUUCCAACGUUUUUAAUCUCCUAUUUACGCAACACGAUCAAAAACUGCAGCAGGUGUGUACGUUUUUUGGGAUUUUUCCCCAAAUUCAGGAAUUAGGACUCCAUAAUGCCAUAUUGUCUUCGACAUAAAGCUAUAAACAAAAUGGGUAGCUUAAUGUAGGAUUGUAUUUAAAGAUAUCUACUGUUUACAUGUACCCAUGCUUCUUAGAAGUGUUCAUCAGAUUGUUGUAUUUGUAUGCCUUCAUUGUAAUGUCAGUAACUCAAUUUAUUAAUAUAACAAUGGUUUCCAAUGGCAUCCACAAAGAUUUUGGCUGAAAAUUGAGUCAUAAUAACUUUUAAAUUAUUUUUGAACCAUACAGUAGCAUUAAAGUUUAAAACUUUUUUUAACAGGUUCAAAGGUCAAAUAUGUAAUCUGUAUUUUCCAGAAGAAUAUUGUUUUUCUUCCUCUGUAAAAAGAGUCAUUUUGAUAUAUCACUGGAAGAGAUUGCAUAGACAAACAAGAUAUGUAAUAUUACAGCAAGGCAGUAAAUGAAUUAAUAAAAAAUCAUUUUCAUAUUUUUGGUGCAAAUUCUAGAGCAAAAUGUGGCAUGUUGGUCUGUUAUGUUUAGUUGUGGUAUGUAUUUUUGAGGGUAUCAUGGCUCAAGCAACUCUCAACAUGUCUUGGUGUGUAAAGAUAAUAAGUGACACUAUUAUAAGUGUCCGAGAAAAGAGCGGGGCAAUCUCUUGAAAAUCGGCUUUUUGUCUUUGCUUCGGUUUUAUAUGGUAACUUGUACAAAGUAUUGGAGCAUCAGUUAGAAUUAUAAUUUUAAUGAGAUUGUGUAGGAGCUGAAAGAACAGAACAGAGGUACAUAUACAUUAAUUUUGUAAUUCAUACAAUUGAAUUUAAACACUUUGCUUCGGUUUUAUAUGGUAACUUGUACGAGGUAUUGGAGCAUCAGUUAGAAUUAUAAUUUUAAUGAGAUUGUGUAGUAGCUGAAAGAACAGAACAGAGGUACAUAUACAUUAAUUUUGUAAUUCAUACAAUUGAAUUUAAACACUAAUGUGUAAUACAUUUUUAGCAAGUGUUUGUAGCCUCUUUCUAUUAUAAAUUUUACACAUUUUAUAAUUUACCAAGUUAACUGCCAUGAAACUAAUUCAAUUGCGUACCAUCUUUUUGAUCUGUUUAUUUUUUAUUUAUUCUGUAAUGAUGUACAUGUACAAUGUUGGUGUCUUGUUGUAAAUUGUACCGUUAGUCUACUCUAUCUCACAAAGUUUAUGAUAAUUAUGUAUCCAUUAUUAUUGAAAAUAAACAGACCAAUCUAG